AUGCACAACUCCGAUGGCGUCAACAUCGACCUGUACAUCCCGCGCAAGUGCACCGCCACCAACAGGCUCAUCAGCGCCAAGGACAAGGCGUCCGUGCAGCUCAACAUUGGGCACGUGUCGGCCGACGGCGUCUACACGGGCGAGUACACGCCGAUGGCGCUGUGCGGCUUCAUCCGGAGCCAGGGCGAGGCGGAUGGCGAGAUUGACCGCAAAUUCACAAAGGUGAUCGCAGAAAACAAGGCCAACGGCAUCGACAUCUGA